AUGGUUAAUUAUUAUAAAAAGUCAUACAAAAGAAUUAUAAUUAAUAUUGUAUGUGGAAGUUUUUUCAUCUUGCUGGUAUUCUUACAACAUUUACAUGCAUUUCAUGUUAUUGAUCAUUCUAUUGAAAAUACAAUAAAAAAAGAGAUUAGAAGUGUUAAAGAAUUAUGUGGUGCUUCUAAAGAAGAAUUUAUGAAAAAUACGGUAUAUUUAGGUUUUUUAAGUCUAAAUUUAGAAGAAUUAAUUAGUAAUUAUAAAACUGAUAAUAGUUUGUUUAAAUUAUCUAAAAUUCGAGGAUUAAGAGUUUAUGAAUUUUAUAGGAAAAAUCUUUUAGUUUAUUUAUAUUGUUGUGGUAAAUUACAUGAAAAUUACUCUUCAGAUAUUAAAAAUGUUUGUAAUGAUAUACCUGUUGAUGAGGAAAUGGAGGAAAAAACUAAAAACGAUGAAAAUUGUGAGAAAGAAAUUACAGAAGGACCUAUAUUUAAAUUAAUAGAUUCCGCUAUUGAAUAA